CCCUGGAGUGCCAGAGUCACCGUGAUUUCUUCCGGGUUCCUGUCUCGGUUUGUUUUGUUUGGGUGUAUCGGCGGACAGCGCAACAUGACAGAAAGUCACUCUCGGCGACUGUGAUAACCGCUUUUUCUUCCACUUUUCCCACAAAAUAAGAUGUCUUCUGGAGUUUUACACGUCGCUGUAUUUCGGUAACCUCUGAUUAGUGACUUUUAAGGUGAUUUCAUCCAGACCUGAGACACCUGUUGCGACAGUUUCGACAGACAGGUGCCACUUUGUCCGUCACCAACACCGGGAGAAGCUCCGGGUCGAGAGAUCACCGAAACUUGGAUUACUUCCUUAACUAUUUUAAACAAAUUUUUUUUCUGAACUUGUUGCUAUAAUGAAAGUUACGGUAACUUUCGGGGACACCUCUGUGGUGGUUCCCUGCAAAGCUGGGUGGACAGUCCGGGAUUUAAUCGAACAAGCUACGCGGAGGUACCGCAGGAUUUUGGAGCAGCGUGGAGAGACUGCCAUGCAGACCCACCACUUGGAGUAUAUGGAGGGAGGCAUCCUGGACAUGGAUGACCUGCUGAGCGAUCUAGUGGAAGACAGAGACAAGCUGGUGGCAGUGUUUAACAAACCCCAGCAUGUGAGGACGGAGAGCCCCCGAGAGAGCAUGUCUAACAGCUCGUCCAGUGCUGCCCCGAGUCCAGAGCCCUUCACCUACUACCCCCACCUGCAGUACCAGGAUGAAGACAGAGGAGAGAUCGAAGUGAACGAGGCCAUCCUCAAAGCCAAUACACCUCUAUUGGUGAGGAGCAGCAGCGACUCUGCAUUGGCCCCGCCCCUUGAGACGACAGCCACACCUCCACCUGAUAAGCAAAGCAACGGAUCUCUUGAACCGGAAAUCGGCAAUGUACUGAAAGGAGCUCUGGACCGACUUGCAGAAGACCCCCCUGCCAAGAUGAGCAAGAUUAACUUCAGUAGUCUGACGAGGACAGUCGAGUUCCCUGGUGACCGUGGGCCCCUGGGUAUACACGUGGUCCCAUACUGCUCCUCGCUCAAUGGACGACCCCUUGGCCUCCACAUUAAAGGCAUCGAGGAAAACAGUCGGUCCAAGAAGGAGAAUCUCUUCAAGGAGGACGAGUGCAUCGUCCAAAUCAAUGAUACACCACUGCAGGACAAGACCUUUGCGCAGUCUCAGGAAGUGUUCCGCCAAGCUAUGGGCUUGCCUUCAGUGCAUGUGGAGGUUCUUCCUGUAGCCAACAAGUCACGCUAUGAGAAAAGCUUCAUAGGUCAGCUUUUCACCAGCGACAGCAAAGACUCGUCUACCAAAGGCAGUCCAGUGGUGACGCGCACUAGAGCCGACCCCAAGCCAGAACUCAAACCAGAACUCAAGCCAGAACCCAAACCAGAACCUAAAAUGAACACCAGGACAGAUAUGAGGCGACCAGACGCACACACGAAGACCCCAGAGCCAACUCUGGUAAACUCACAACCGGUGGAGUCUGUUCAGUCUGUGUACGGCUCUUUAGAGAGAGCGUCUCCCACGUCCACAGCCAGGGCUGCGAGCUCGUCUCCAACAACUUGGCCCCGCAGUGAGAGCCCGCUGGCCAGUAGGAGUCCUGCUGCGGCCAACAUGUCUAACCUCACAGGAAGGAAGGGUGGCAAGAAGAUGAAAAUUGACUUGAAGAAAGGCUCAGAGGGUCUGGGUUUCACCGUGGUAACAAGGGAUUCAUCUGUCCAAGGGCCGGGGCCCAUCUUGGUGAAGAGCAUUUUGUCGCGAGGUGCAGCAGUGAAGGAUGGACGCCUACAGCCAGGAGACCGCAUCCUGGAGGUAAACGGAGUAGACAUGACAGGCCGUAGCCAGGAGGAGCUGGUGGCCAUGCUGCGCAGCACCAAGCAGGGAGAGAGCGUGUCUCUGGUGGUGGCUCGGCAGGAGGACAUGUUCCUGCCUAGGGAGCUGAAAGGGGAGGACUUGAGCAGUCGGGUGAUGGAGGAUGGCAGGGAGCAGCUGAUGUACGAGAUCCCGCUCAAUGAAACGGGCUCGGCCGGCCUGGGGGUCAGCCUAAAGGGGAACAAGUCCAGGGAGACCGGAGAGGACCUGGGAAUCUUCAUCAAGUCAAUCAUUCAUGGAGGGGCUGCUUAUAAGGAUGGCCGUUUGUGUAUAAACGAUCAGAUGAUAGCGGUGAACGGCGAAUCGCUGCUCGGGCGCUCCAACAACGCCGCCAUGGAGGGCCUGAGGCGGUCCAUGUCGUCGGAAGGAAACACCAGAGGCACCAUCCAGGUGGUUGUUCUGCGAGCGCCCAAGCAGAUGGGGAAUGCCAACUCCACUUCAAACAUCUCCACCAACCAUCAACCCAACAUUCAAGCCGGCUCCAGCAAUCAGGACCUUCGAAGCCACGAUUCAUACCAGAGACCUUCAGGACCCACCAGAGCUCCGAACACUGAGUCCACCAUGAAUGGUGCGAGUCACACUCCAGCUACGCCGAACAACUACACACACAGCAAAUCUGGAAGUGCUCCAUCUCCUGCUGCGGUCGCCGAUGACAGCUAUGGUCACUAUGGCAACGACGACGAGCAGCAAGACUUCCCCCCGCCGCCCUCCCCUGGCACUGUGGAGGAAAUGAACAGAGAGUUUUUGCUAAACCCUUCAUCCAACAGUGAGAUUCAGAAGGUGUCCCGCGCCGCUCAAGCUUUCUACGCAGAAAAUGCUAAGGACAACGUACCUCGCAACAGAGCGUCCAAGAGCAUGGACAUGGUGGCUGAUGAAAGCAACGUGGGAUCACUGGUCGGGCAGAAGAACAAGCCUUCAGAUGGAGGAGCACUCGGCCCCACCCUGGGCCUCAUGAAGUCCAGCUCCCUGGAGAGCCUGCAGACGGCCAUGUCUGAGGCGAAGCAGAGUCACAUCCAAGACCACGUGCCCUUUCAUCGCCCACGGCCGCACAUGGUCCGGGGGCGGGGAUGCAACCAGAGUUUCCGCAUCGCCAUUGACAAGUCGUAUGACGGACCUUCUGAAGACGACGACGACAUGUCAGAGCACAGCUCCGGUCACGAAACGCCCGCCAGCAGCUCGUCUCGCCAGGAUCUGGAUGCAGACGAUGGAAAGAAGAAGAAGAAGAAGGAUGAAAGAAAGAAGAAGGAGAAGAAGACCAAAGGGAGGAAGAAGUCACUGGAUUCUGUGGAGGACACAGAGAAGAAGACCAAAAAGAAAGGAUUUGGCAUCUUAAGGUUUGGCAAGAAGAAGGAAGACAAGAGCAAAGAUGCAGCAAAAGCUUCAAAGAGCAAACUGGAGGCACUGAGUGAGGAGGAGCUGGACAGGAUCCCCGAUGACAGAGAUGGCUUCGACCCGCGUUACGCCGAGGUCCAAUCCGGCCCCGCCACCCCUGACCCGUCCUCCCUCCCUGACGUGGAGGACGAUGACAGCGACCCAAACUACGCUCGCAUCAACAACUUCCGCCAGCCGCCCUCACCGCAGUCGUACAUCAGCAGUACGCCCUCCCCCGCAGUACCAGCCGGGGUGUCCGGCCCGCAGCAAGCGCCCUUCGAGGACAUCGACGGGCUCUACGCCAAGGUGAACAAGUCCAGAGCUCCGCCUGCUUCACAGACCCAGCAGCAGAAUCAGGCAGACAGUGAUCAGCGUCUCCAUGGAAUGCGCAGGGAGUACACGCAAGCCCGAGCCGCCCCGGGUUACGAGGAGCUAGACGCCGCACGGCGCCGAAUCCUGGAGUAUGAUCCAAACCGGAUGGCACCCAGAGGAGCCGACUCUCGCCCUGACCACCAGUAUGAAGAAAUAGACCGACAGUACCUCACACAGCCCAGGAGGGAUCCAUAUGAUUACCCCACCCACUCCAGACCUGUGCCAAGAGAUUCCGGCCCCAACCACUAUCAGGACGCUCCAGGUGCGAGUAACUCGGGCCGUUUGCCAAUCCCUCAGUUGAGCACCCAGCAGCCGCUCAACAAUCCCCGCUACCACCCCUCUUCCCAGGCAGGACAGCAGCACCGUGCUGCCUUAAGACAGGACGUCCCUCCGUCACCCUCCGCGGGUCAAAGAGGGCGCCAGUACUACGACACUGUAGGGAGAAGAGACGGAUACCGGCAAGCCAGCCCCGGCCGCUACACCAGCCCAGAGAGAAACCCUGCCGUCAAGGAGCGUUACAACAGCCCCGACCGCUAUCGCUACGGUGACGAAAGACAGCCUGACCCAAGACGGAAGAAUCCCAUGAUAGGCGCGGUUUAAAACCGUGCACAUGCAAGUAACAUAAAGAGAGCGUGUUUGUGAAACAUAUCAGCUGUCACCUGGGCCGCCAGUGUGCAUCAGUGAAAUUUUUGCCAUAUUGAUUCAUGUAUUUAGAAGCUGUAAUGCAAAAAAAAAAAAAAAUAGGGCUUAUUUUUUUGAGAAAGGGAGAUUUGUGUGUUUGUUUCCAGCUGCGUGUAUCUAUUUGCUGGUGUGUCGCGGUGUAUAAGAAGAGGACACAAGAUUUUAUGAUGUCGAAAUUAAAUGAAGUUAAAUAUAUUAUAUAGAGUAAACUCCGUGCCAAACGUAUACAAUCAAGUAUAUUGAAAGCUAUGAAAGCAGAGCUGACUCGCAUUUUGCACAUGCUGAUCAAGCUGAAGGAAAUUAAAGAGGGAUCACCUUGACCCGUCAGACUGCUCCAGCACAGAGAGACGGGAAGCUAAAGUGGACAAACAGGAAAAGGAAGUAACACCCCCUUCUUCUUGUCCUUGAUGUUUAGUCGCUUGGACUUCCUUUACAUUCUGCUAACACACUGCUUCGUCUGGUUUUUUUGUAUUUUUACCUUUCCUUAUCUGGACGUGGCUUGCUCCGUGCUCAUUAACUGUGGAACUGAAUUUGCAAAUAAGAUAAGUGAUAUUUUUGUAGCGCUUCUAAUAAAAUGUAUAAAUCUCGAUCUGCUGCAGGCUCUUAUGGUAAGCUCCUUGUAACUCGUGGAAGACAUUAAUGAAACAUUUUAUCCUUUUAACAUAUCACCGCUAAGAGUCACUGCACUGAAAACGAAUUGUGUCAAUGGUGGUUUGAUUUAAACUUGCUGUCAAAUAAGUGCACAACUUCUUUUUUUGUUUUGUGUUUUUGUACAACUAUUUUCCAUUAAAUACCUUGAUAAAUA